AUGGGUUUUCUGCUUCUAUUCGACCUGACCAACGAGCAAAGUUUGUACAACUGUCGGGAAUGGAUGCAACUUUUACGAGAACAUGCCUACUGUGAACGACCGGAUGUCAUUCUGGUGGGAAACAAGUCAGAUUUAACAUCUGAACGUCAAGUGCCCCUAUCCACAGCCACCGCGAUGGCACGUGAAUUAGAUGUCCCAUAUAUUGAGACCAGUGCUGCAACUGGGUCGAAUGUGUCCACUGCAGUCGAUCGUUUACUGGAUGCUGUGAUGAAAAAAGUCGAGGCAUCCGUCACACGACCGCGUGUGUUUGGUCCCGGAGUGGAUACGGUCAGUUUGAAUAAAGAACCGGAGAAAUCCAAAUGCGCCUGCUAA